ACCUCAUUUCCCACUUUGUCACCUUUAAUUCUCUGAUAUCAUGAGCUUCUGUGUUUGUGUUCGGCCCUCCCUAUAUAAUUGCUGCUUUACCUCUAUCAUUCAGCCCAACACCACCCACCACAUAUGGGAAUAAGCAGCAUGAAGGUGCACCAGUUCGCACGUGGACUCUGGGAACACGAACCCUCCCUCACUCUUGGCUGCACCAAACGCCUACGCCCUCUCGCUCCCAAACUGGCCAACACCACCGCCAGCGACACCACUACCACUGCCCUUGCUCCUUUCGACCUCAAGAGCUUCAUCAGACCUGAAAGUGGCCCUAGAAAACUAGGAUCCUCUGAUCAUCAGGAGAAGAAAGAUUCCCCCCACCCCCAGGUAGAGACGCACCCAGGAGGGACGCGUUGGAACCCAACGCAAGAACAGAUAGGGAUACUAGAAAUGCUGUAUAGGGGAGGCAUGCGCACUCCUAAUGCACAGCAGAUAGAACAAAUAACAGCUCAGCUUGGCAAGUACGGAAAGAUAGAGGGCAAGAAUGUGUUUUACUGGUUCCAAAACCACAAAGCACGCGAGAGGCAGAAGCAAAAACGCAACAGCCUCGGCCUCAGCCAUUCUCCCAGAACACCAACUCCUGUAAUUACCAACCUGGGAGAAGUAGUAGGGGAAAGAGAGGAAGAUAGUCCGUACAAGAGAAAGUGUAGGAGCUGGGGAUUUGAUUGCUCGGUAGAAGAUAGUGUAGUUUGUAAGGCGGACGAAGUCGUGGAGGGAGGUAGAGGUAGAACUUUGGAGCUCUUCCAUUUUUUUUAUAAAAAAAACAGCUUGCUAGUGGAAUUUGGUGGGAUCAUGGUCAUUAGCUGA